AUGUCCUCACCUCCCCCCAACCCCGAACCUUCCCCCAGCACACCAACCCCAGCCCUGAACCUUCCCCAGCACCCCAACCCCAAACCUUCCCCCAGCACCCCAACCCCAGCCCUGAACCUUCCCCCAACACCCCAACCCCAAACCUUGAACCUUCCCCAGCACCCCAACCGCAACCCCGAACCUUCCCCCAGCACCCCAACCCCAGCCCUGAACCUUCCCCCAGCACCCCAACCCCAAACCUUCCCCCAGCACCCCAACCCAGCCCUGAACCUUCCCCCAGCACCCCAACCCCGAACCUUCCCCCAGCACCCCAACCCAGCCCUGAACCUUCCCCCAGCACCCCAACCCCGAACCUUCCCCCAGCACCCCAACCCCAAACCUUCCCCCAGCACCCCAACCCCAGCCCUGAACCGUCCCCCAGCACCCCAACCCCGAACCUUCCCCCAGCACCCAAACCCCGAACCUUCCUCCAGCACCCCAACCCCAGCCCUGAACCUUCCCCCAGAAGCUCCACCACCAGCAAUGCCUCCCUCCCUCCUCUCUCCCUCCCCCACUGCCUAA